GCACUUGAACCUGUGAAUGAAGAAAGGAAGGAAAAAAAAUCACACACGUCACAACAAUUCUAUACGACUUUCUUAAAUCCCACGCGUUUUCAUUAUUAUUUAAGUUAUAAUGGCCAAACAAUUGGCUGAAUUCGAGCCGAGUAAGCUGCAAUUCUAUCAGAAACUUGCAUUGGGCUUGAUACUUGGUGUGAUUCUACUCUCCUUACCGGCACUAUGCGAGGGUCAAGCAAAUCCCAGUUUUAAAUACUCGCGGGAAGCAAAUGAAAAUUUUGAUCCCCAGAAGGCUCCUGCAGUGCAUCAUCAUCAUGAUCAUGAUGAUCAUGACCAUGACCACCAUGAUCAUGAUCAUCAUCACCAUGAUCAUGACCACGAUCAUCAUGAUCAUGACCACCAUCAUCACGAUCAUCCGCAGCAUAAGCAAAGCCACUCAAAGCCACCUCUGGAUAUGAAGAGCAUUUGGCUGCAUUCGAUGGGCUCCACAUUGCUUAUCAGUGCCGCUCCAUUUGUGCUGCUUUACAUCAUUCCUCUAGAUAACAGCGAAGCUAUGAAACCUCGCCUAAAAGUUUUACUAGCCUUCGCUUCCGGUGGUUUGUUGGGCGAUGCAUUUUUGCAUUUGAUUCCCCAUGCCACCCAUCCUCACUCGCAUGGCGAAGAUGGACACGAUCACGGGCAUGCCCACCAUGAUCAUCAUCAUCACGAUCAUGAUCAUGAAGGGGGACACGGACAUGGUCAUGAUAUGAGCGUUGGUCUGUGGGUCUUGGGUGGUAUUAUAGCCUUCCUAUCCGUUGAAAAAAUCGUACGCAUCCUAAAGGGUGGUCAGGGUCAUGGACACAGUCAUGGUGGGCCAAAGCCGGUGCCUCCCAAGAAGUCGUCAACAAGUGAUUCUGGUGAUGGUGACAAAGCAUCAAAAUCUCCCAAGCCUAAGAAAGAACAAAAAACCACCAAACCAACAAAGACAGAAGCGAAGUCAAAGCCCGAGCCAGAGGGUGAAGUGGAAAUCUCUGGAUAUUUAAAUCUGGCUGCCGAUUUUGCGCACAACUUCACCGAUGGUCUGGCUAUUGGUGCAUCCUAUUUAGCUGGCAAUAGCAUUGGCAUUGUCACCACAAUCACUAUUCUUCUGCAUGAAGUGCCACACGAGAUUGGAGACUUUGCCAUUUUGAUCAAAUCUGGUUGUUCUCGCCGCAAAGCCAUGCUGUUGCAACUGGUAACAGCUUUGGGGGCAUUGGCUGGAACGGCCUUGGCUCUUCUAGGUGCCGGUAGUGGAGAAGCACCUUGGGUUUUACCCUUCACGGCCGGAGGGUUCAUUUAUAUAGCAACAGUGAGCGUAUUGCCCGAACUGCUGGAGGAAUCUACGAAACUAAAACAAUCUCUAAAGGAGAUUUUUGCGCUUCUCACAGGAGUGGCGCUUAUGAUUGUCAUAGCAAAAUUCGAGUAGUGUAAGAAAAUUCACUUAAAAAAUAUUUUUCCACGCCUUUAAUUUGCGCUUUAUUUUUGAAAUU